AUGGCCCUGGCGGAGGCGCGGGAGAAGCGCUCAUCCUUCACCCCCAUGAUGAUCGAGGAGGACGCCGCCUUGCGGAACGGCAGCCGCCGGCCGCCGCCGGGCCCCUGGGCGGACGCGGCGGCGGCGGCGGCGCCGCGGCCGCGCACCACGGAGCGGCACAUCGCGGUGCACCGGCGGCUGGUGCUGGGCUUCGCCGUGUCCAUCCUGGCGCUGCUGGCCGUGACCAUGGUGGCCGUGCUGCUCAGCGUGCGCUUCGAGGAGUGCAGCGCCGCCGCCGACGGCCCGGCGCGGGCCGGCGGCAACGGGAGCCUGCCGGGGGCCGCCCGGCCGCCGCCGCCGGGCGCGGGGCAGCCCCCCGGCCGGGCGGCGGAGGAGGCGGCGGCGGCGCGGGGCGGGGAGGAGGCGGCGGCGGAGGAGGAGGAGGAGGAGUGGCAGCGGCGCCGGGAGCCGCCGCCCUGGGCCCGGCCGCGGCUGCCGCGGCACCUGCGGCCGCUGCACUACAACCUGAUGCUGAGCGCCUUCAUGGAGAACUUCACCUUCUGCGGGGAGGUGAACGUGCAGCUGGAGGUGCGCAACGCCAGCCGCUACAUCGUGCUGCACGCCCACCGCAUGCACAUCGAGGCCGUGCGGGUGGCCGAGGACAAGCUCGCCGGCGCCGUGCGCGUGGCCAACUUCUUCCUCCACCCGCCCACCCAGGUCUUCGUCGUCGUCCUCAACCGCAGCCUGGAGGUGCAGCGAAGUUACAACCUCAAGAUCAUCUACAACGCCCUCAUCGAGAACGAGCUGCUCGGCUUCUUCCGCAGCUCCUACGUGCUCCACGGCGAGCGGAGGUUUCUAGGUGUUACACAGUUUUCUCCAACUCAUGCCAGAAAAGCCUUUCCGUGCUUUGAUGAACCUAUCUACAAGGCUACUUUCAAAAUCAGCAUCAGGCAUCAAGCAACCUACCUAUCUUUGUCCAACAUGCCAGUGGAAACCUCUGUUUUUGAAGAGGAUGGAUGGGUUACAGACCACUUUUCACAGACCCCUCUCAUGUCCACAUAUUACCUAGCUUGGGCAGUGUGCAAUUUUACAUACCGGGAAACUGUCACCAAGAGUGGAGUUGUUGUACGAUUAUACGCAAGGCCUGAUGCAAUCCGAAGAGGAUCAGGGGACUAUGCUCUAAAUAUUACAAGGAGACUCAUUGAAUUUUAUGAAGAUUAUUUUAAAGUGCCCUAUUCCCUGCCAAAAUUAGAUCUGUUAGCUGUGCCUAAACAUCCGUACGCUGCUAUGGAGAACUGGGGACUGAGUGUUUUUGUGGAACAAAGGAUACUGCUAGAUCCAAGCAUUUCUUCCAUAUCAUACCUCCUGGAUGUCACCAUGGUCAUUGUGCAUGAACUAUGUCAUCAGUGGUUUGGUGACCUUGUGACUCCAGUUUGGUGGGAGGAUGUGUGGUUGAAAGAAGGUUUUGCUCACUAUUUUGAAUUUGUUGGGACUGACUACCUCUACCCAGGAUGGAACAUGGAAAAACAGAGGUUUCUGACAGAUGUCCUACAUGAAGUGAUGUUGCUGGAUGGUUUGGCCAGUUCACACCCAGUAUCCCAGGAGGUGCAGCAAGCCACAGACAUUGACAGGGUGUUUGACUGGAUCGCCUAUAAGAAGGGUGCAGCUUUAAUUAGAAUGUUGGCUAAUUUUAUGGGUCACUCCGUUUUUCAAAUGGGCUUACAAGACUAUUUAACCAUUCACAAGUAUAGCAAUGCAGCCAGAAAUGAUCUCUGGAACACAUUGUCAAAGGCUUUAAAAAAGGUUGGAAAAUUCGUAAAUAUCCAAGAAGUAAUGGAUCAGUGGACAUUGCAGAUGGGUUAUCCUGUUAUUACUAUCUUGGGAAAUGAAACUACAGAGAAUAUCAUAACAAUUUCCCAAGAGCGUUUUGUAUAUGGCAGUGAUGCUAAACCUGAUCCUGACUUUGGAGACAACAGCUACUUGUGGCAGAUUCCAUUAACAAUUGCAGUAGGAAACACGAGCCACAUCUCAUCAGAGGCAAUUAUAUGGGUGUCUAACAAAUCAGAACACCACAGAAUUCCUGCUUUAGAAGAAGCAAGUUGGUUACUGGCAAACAUCAACCAGACUGGCUAUUUUAGAGUUAAUUAUGAUAUUAGGAAUUGGAGGCUGUUAAUUAAUCAGCUAACAAGGAACCAUGAGGUUAUCUCUGUCAGUAAUCGAGCAGGCUUGAUCGAUGAUGCAUUCAAUCUAGCCAGAGCUGGUUAUUUGCCUCAGAAUAUUCCUUUGGAAAUCAUCAGAUACCUUUCAGAGGAGAAGGAUUUUUUGCCUUGGCAUGCUGCCAGCCAAGCUCUUUACCCACUAGACAAAUUACUGGACCGCACAGAAAACUACAACAUCUUCAAUGAAUAUAUUUUAAGACAAGUUGCAUCAAUGUAUCUGAAGCUUGGAUGGCCAACGAAUAAUUUAAACAAAUCACUUGUUCAAGCAUCCUACCAACAUGAAGAAUUGCGUCGUGAAGUCAUCAUGUUGGCCUGCAGCUUUGGUAACAAACACUGUCACCAGCAGGCUGCGACAUUAAUCUCGGAUUGGAUUUCUAGCAAUAGAAAUCGAAUCCCACUUAAUGUGAGAGACAUUGUCUACUGUACAGGAGUUUCAUUGAUGGAUGAAGAUGUAUGGGAGUUCAUUUGGAUGAAGUUUCAUUCUAUCACAGCAGUAUCUGAGAAGAAAAUAUUAUUAGAAGCCUUAACUUGCAGUGAUGACAGAAAUUUGCUUAACAGGCUUUUGAAUUUAUCUCUCAACUCAGAAGUGGUCCUGGAUCAGGAUGCAAUUGAUGUGAUAAUCCACGUAGCUCGAAAUCCACAUGGAAGGGAUCUUGCUUGGAAGUUUUUCAGAGAAAAAUGGAAAAUAUUAAAUGCCAGGUAUGGAGAAGCAUUGUUCAUGAAUUCCAAGCUUAUCAGUGGGGUCACGGAAUUCCUUAAUACUGAAGAAGAACUAUUGGAGCUAAAGAACUUUCUGAAGUCUUACGAAGAGGGAGCUGCUGCCUCUUUCUCUCGGGCUGUGGAAACAGUGGAAGCCAAUGUGCGGUGGCAAAGGCUUUAUAAGGAAGAACUAUUCCAGUGGCUAAGAAAAUCUUUGACAAGCUAAUCUGUCUUUCCGGCUGACCUUUGGACAUGAAGUUCUGCAAGAGGAGAAGGAGAAAUUUUAAGGGAUGUUUGACAUUAAACUCAUGAAGACAAAAUCAGAUUGCAGGGAGGAGUUUUCUUUUUUCUUUAAUUGUGGACUUCUUUUACAAUGGGCUUUUGCAAAGUUGUCAAGAAAUUUUGCAGAAGAGGUCAUGAAUGCUCGUGAAAUCCACUCCUCGGUGUACACAACCAAACAUGAUAUUUAGUGGUGCAUGUAAACGUUGCUGUCAGUUUGAAGAGAAAAAACAAACAAAAACCCUUGAAAGACUGUUUUGUGCAUGCUUGUACUGUCCCUGCCUGUAUUCUAGCAUGCUUAAGUAUAACAGCCACAUUUUGUAUGUGAAUUCCUGUUACAUCAAAAGUGGGCAUUAUACAAAGCACAAAGACUAUUUCUGACAAUCAGUGUUGCAAGGAUCAAAAGGAAGGAAAGAAGGAGAAUGAAAUGGCUUCUAACUAGGGCCAGUAUGACAUGUAAAAUCAGCUGUCCCUGCUAGCUGCCAGCUCCUCCAGCACUCAGAUUGUCUCUUAAUGAUUAUAAAGAUGUCAGCUCAUUUUUGAGUUGCCAGUUGCUAUAGCUGCAGUCUCCAUAUUCCCAUGUUUAAAUAAACUACAUAUAUGUAGAAAGAGAGAGCAAGAGAGAGAGAAAAUGAAUGUAAGAGAAAGGGAUAUCAUUCAUGUACUAUAAUUAUAUAGAUUUAUUUGCUGCUGAUCAGUGCAACAAUAUAGUUUUGAUCAUGAGCAUAUGCAGCAUUUGUUAGAAGAACUUUGCAUAGUUGAUUGGAGAGAAUCCAUGAACCACCUCUUCUGAGCAAUUUUACAAGGAAGUGGUAUUAAUGAGGGGUCACCCAACCUGUGCAGUAAUUAGUAAUGCAGCUGAUAAUGCACAAGUAUUAUAAAUAAACCUCAGAUUCAGAUGGAAAUUAGCAAAAGAGGAGGAUGUCUUACAUGCAUACAUGCAUAGAAUUAACCAAGAGAGCUGUCUUGCAUGUGAUUGACCAGCCUCUGUAACGAUUUAUUCUGAUAGACAAGUCAGAUUUUCCGUGUGGACAAUAUUUUUGCAAAUAUGGGAUGUACCACUGAUGUCAACUUAGAAAAGUGAAAUAUGGAGAAAAAGGAGUAUGUAUGUGUUUGUAUUUGUGUUGCUUAAUAUUGAGAAAACUGUUUUCUUUCUGUUUUAUUGUAUUUCACGUACAUUCUUCUAAGGAAGUGAUACUUUUCUAAAUUAUGUGUUCAUUUUUUCACAACCCUCAAUCUCAGAGACUGGCAAUAGUGGAACUGUUAUUGUACAAUAAUCAUCUGCACCAUUGGUGCUCUAUGUUGAACAUUUCAAAACUGAUUUAUCUUAGGGCCGAAUACUCUCCCAUGUCUGCACCUUGGAGAAGGAAAAACUACAGAGACUUUACAGGAAGCACUUUGCAGCAGCUCAGUGAGGAAAGUAGAUGUACUGCAACAUACAUUUACCAGCCCAUCGUAACCACAACAUCGCCUGUCAGUAGGGAGCAUGUGGCCAGCAAAAGCAGAGCAUAGUCAUUUUGUUUGGUUGCAUCCAUCACAGGGCAUGGAAAUUAUGAAAAUGCUUCACAGUAGCAGUUGCUUAUCUCCAGUAAGUUGUUCAAGAGUGGAAGUGUUAGUGUAAAAAGAACCAAAACUUGGCAUCUUCAAGUACUAUCAGAGUAACAUGGAGAGUGUAUUGUUUUCUAGCCUCUCAUUUCCAUGGUACCCUGUUCUUCAAGAACCAAUAGACAUAUCCUAUAAAUAAACUACCAUUAUCAUGGGCUAAAGCAUCCAUAUUGAACAUCUCAUUUUGUGUCUUCUACCAUACAGAGGAUGCUGUUUUGUGGGUUGGGGGCAUGAAAUCCUUGUGAGGGCAUUUUCUCCACUUCUUGGUGGCGUGCAGCAGUGCAUAAUAGUUUGACCACAUAUAGCCAGAAGAAGAGAGAAUGCUUUGUUACUGUACUUUAUACUCUUUGCCUUAGUAAGCUCUAAAUAUCUGUAUUAGAUUGCAAUGCUAGUGAACUUACCCUUUCCACCCAGAGAUAUUAACAUGAACAUGCUCAGUGAACUCCUCCUCCUAUGUAUUUUGCCUACCUCACAGGGGUGUUAGGAGACUUGAUAACGUUAGCAAAGCACUUGAAUAUCCUCUGAUGAUUGAAUAUCCUCUGAUGAAAGGCAUUUUAAAAUGCAAAGUAUUAUGUUAUUUGAUUGACCAAACUCAAACUCAAUGCCAGUACACAUUUUUGAUUUCUUCUGGACAAGAUCACAUGCAGAUUUGUUAUAAUAAAAAGCAAGCCAAAUAUUCUUUAAGAGAGCCUCUAUCCUUUAAUGAAGCCCAAACUUAUGUUAUGCAAUGCUGGCAGAAACCCAAGCCCUCAACAUGAUUGCUUUGGGAAUUUCAGAGAAAAGUAAUGUACAUAAAGGUCUGUCCAUUUCAAAUACUGUCAAGAUUCUCUUUGAUGGUUCCUUUUUCCCCCCCCUGCAUAUUAAACCAUAAAUCUUCAGACUGUGCAUAGAAAUUUCUAGUCUUUACAGAUGAAGGGCAGAUGAAUACUGUGUUCCAAAGUUGAUGGUUUGGUUCAGCCUAUGUAUUCUACACAGUGUGCAGAUAUUUCCACUGUUACUCGUAUGAACUGAAGUUUUUGCACAUUUAGCUGAUGGAUGUAAAUGUUUAGUGGCCUUGAGCGACUGGUCUAUCAUGAACAUCAAGCCCUAGCUGCAUCUGUUAUACAUGCCUGCUGAUGUAUUGGCUAUAAUAACUGUAUUAUAAAAAUGUUGAUAUUACUGCUAUAGUUGAGGUUGAGUUGACCUUUCCAUUGUAAUUAACUUUUUUUUUUUAUUAUUUUUUAUAUUUUGUAUGUUUCUGUUUCACAUGAAGUCAGGAUUAAAUUUAAAUGGCUGAAAUCCAAGAAAGCUAUGACUAUUUUCUAUAAUAUUGAAAAGCCCUGCAUUUAGUUACAUGUCUUUAUAUUUUUUUUAAGUGCCACAUAGCUGUGAUACCUCAUGAAAAACUCUAAUACAGUCCGCUUAGAAAAAUCUAUUUAUUUUAUUGAUUUUUAUUCUCUUUGCCAAUCUUUUUCUUCCUUUGUCCUUAUCUAAAGACAGACCCCAUUUUUAUAAUUUGGGCUGUGAUUGAGAGGCCAAGUACUGCAAUUUUUCACCGUUUUCAAAUACAGAGAUUUAGUUUUGUCUUUUUUAGUGGAGGAGAUGGACCUCACCCAAACUCCACAAGUCAUAGUAUAGAGAUUUGAUAAGGCCUAUAAUUAGCCUUUGUAUGGCUUGGGAUCCUUUACUGUAACUAAAUCUUAUUGCGUACUAAGUCAUAUUGGAAGACGUAUGAAUAAGAUGCACAUCAAUACCAGCAUGACAAAAUGGUAACCUAUUGUAUUUUUGUAAUAUCCACGAUAAAAAAUCUCAACCUAUUACUUUGCAGCUGGUGGAAUUGUUCUCAUAUCCAAUAUUAAUAGCUAUUAAAAUGAUGAUAGCUACUAACUAUGACUAGAGCAGAACAAUAUGAAAACAUUUUUCUGAAAUGAAAUGUCACU